CAAUCCCUACCUGAAUCUCGAAACGAGACACCACGUUGUUGCUCAGCUGCUCGCCAAUCACCCCAUGUCUGCUCUGAUCGCUCAUUUCAAUGGUGUCUCCCCUUCUCUCAUCUCUCGCCCCUAAACAAGACGAGUUUCCUCGAGUUUCGGUCGACUCGGAUGAUGAUCGCAAGUCCUGCAACUUUCCGAUACCUCGACUGGAAAGUUCUGUCCUUGCCGGAAUGAUGGACGGGUUACACAACGGGUCCGGCAAGCAGCAGGACACGGACGUUUUUGCGGGGUCCUCACGUUCAGAGAGUGUAUCACCGAGCACCGGACAGAGGCAAACGGAGGCAGUAGCAAAAACUAAAGAUCAGGAGAAAAUGUCCCGAAGAUCCCGACAGCUCCAACCGUCGCCGAUGAAUCUGCUAGAUGAAGGCUUCGAAGUUCCGGUUGUCUCUGCAGAACCACACCAAAAUGACUCUCAGAGCAAUGGACACAGCACUGGCCAUCACCGAUCUCCAAGUCAGCGAACUACGAACCGCGACCAGAAAAACGUACAGUAUUCCUCACCACCUGAUCAGGCCUUUGGCAUGCUCUUUGAGCAUUCUCAGGGACCUGAUGUUGUCAACGGUACUACGUCACAUAGGACUUCUUUAGUGGAUAUCAUCGAUGGACCCGAGGUUGCGACUGUUCUUAACCAGUGGUCUGGAGAGGCCUCUCCAGUCAGGAACCAGGAUAAGGAUCGAGAGGGGGUUCCGAAACUAUCUCCCGUCAAGAUACAAGAGCUCACGUCCUCGCCUCAGUCGAUUCCUUAUCGCGCUGCGGAUAGCGAACAAAGUCGCAGGGUUGUUUCUGACCAAACGCAUGCUCCAAACUCACAAACGAAUUUGACGGACGAUGUAAGGUUAAUACCCGAUCAUGCCACGAAAUCCCGCACAAACAAAGAAUUCACUCUUGAUGGAGGCUUGGCGAGACCACCCACGUCGUCUACUCGACAUCGCUCACAAAGCUCACGGGCUGUUUCUACCCCAACCUCUGCUCGGCGACAAACGCUACCUAGUAACGAGCGCCUUGCACAAACGUGGGCAUCCCGGUCGAAGCAGGAACGUCCCAGCAUAGGUCGGGAAUCAGACUCUAAGCACAUGAAUUCUACACCACAAAUGGCCGAUUCUGCACUACCUUCACCCAUACCGCCGUCUAUUCCCCUCCCUCCUUUAUCUGUUCCGACCUACCUGCAAUUAGAACUUGCAUCGGGCCGACCCUCCCCCUUGUACAUUCAUCCCUCAGCCGCCAGCGACUUCCCGUAUGAGUCCUCUCGCGUAAAGCUUGAGCGGCUGAUGAAUUUUUUUAUGCUUCCACCAGUGCUAGAGCAGGUCUUGUGGUUUGGGAUACUGGCUUGCUUAGACUCGUGGCUUUAUUCCUUUACCAUACUUCCUCUUCGCUUUGUGAAAGCUUUGUAUAUUUUGCUAGAAUCCUGGAUGGUCAAUCUGGGCGUCGAGUUUCGGUUCAUGUCCGGCUUUAUCAUUAAAGGCGUGGGAAGAGUAUGGCGAAGGCGCAACAAGGUGUCUGGGGACGGAACACACGAGCAGCGCCUGGCUUCAGAAGCUGAAGGCCGGCCGCGACAAGAGUCAGCUGGGACUGAACGAGAUGCCAAAACGAAAACAACGGAGGCGCGCAGGCGGUGCCGCUCCGAUAUACAUCACAAGUAUCAACACCGUCGACAAAAGUCCAUUCCGUCCGCACUGCUUCCUGACGACAAGGCAGAUAUUCUCAAAGGUCUACUAAUGAUCGCCACAUGCGUGGUUCUCAUGUACUUUGACGCGAGCCGGAUGUAUCACUGGAUCCGAGGACAGGCCGCCAUAAAGCUUUACGUGAUAUACAACGUGUUGGAAAUCAGCGACCGGCUAUUUGCAGCCAUCGGACAGGAUGUGCUGGAGUGUCUUUUCUCGCGUGAGGCCUUGGAACGCCGGCCGAACGGACGAAGUAAAGUCUUCCGGCCCUUCGGGCUCUUCCUGUUGGCGUUGGCCUACACGGUGGUACAUGCCACGGCGCUUUUUUAUCAGGUCAUGACGCUGAAUGUGGCUGUCAAUUCAUACUCAAAUGCUUUGCUCUCUUUGCUACUGUCGAAUCAGUUUGUCGAGAUUAAAUCAACUGUCUUUAAGAAAUUCGAGAAAGAAAACUUGUUUCAGUUGACUUGCGCAGACGUGGUGGAGCGCUUUCAGCUUUGGCUUAUGCUCAUCAUCAUUGCUUCGCGCAAUAUCGUGGAGACGGGCGCAUUCAACUUCAUUGGCAACCUGGGCUCCAGUUUUAGCAGCCAGUCGACGAGCACCAAUAGCACACCGUUAUCAACGCCACCACGAACGAUGUCGUCGAUCCUACCGCAAUCGUUCACGAUUGUGCCUUCAUCCAUCAUUGCGUCCUUCAGUCAUGUGAAUUCGUUUCUCCCCACUCUCGCCCAGGUCCUCGGGCCUUUUCUGGUCGUAUUGGGGUCCGAGAUGCUUGUUGACUGGCUCAAACACGCAUACAUAGGCAAAUUCAAUAACACACGUCCCGCCAUCUACAAGCGUUUCCUGGACGUUUUGACAAAAGACUAUUAUACGAAUGCCUUUGGAGAUCAGAAUCUAACCCGUCGGUUGGGACUGCCGGUCAUCCCGUUGUCAUGUCUAUUCUUUCGGGUUUCUGUCCAAACGUAUCAGAUGUUCCUGGCCGCUUUGCUGCCGCAACACCCCUCAUCUACGGCUGUGGAGUCGACAUCGUUAUCUUCAAUCUACAGCCACUAUGUCCCCGCUCCACUCCCGUCCCCACCGCCGCUGACGCUGCGGACGAUCGUGCCAGCAUCUGCGGCCCAUUUGAACACCUUUUUCAGGCAGCUCCUAGCGAAUACUAUGCCAUCCCCAGCGCAAUCCGUGUACAUCUUCACCGUCGUUCUCAUUCUGACGGGAUAUGUGGUGUUACUGAUCGUGAAACUGCUACUGGGAAUGGUGUUGUUGGCUUAUGCUCGCUCCCGCUAUCGAGCGAUGAAACAGCGGGAGACGGAACAAUCGUCUCAUGAGAACGGUGGCCCACCCCGCGCACGAGAAUAUGCGGUAGAGGGCAGUCGUCGGUUUGGCGGGUGGGGGGUGGUAGAAGUCAAUGACGACCACCGACGGUGGAUCUACACGGAUGAUCCUGAGGCACUACGACGGCUGAAGGCCAAAGAAGAAAAGGAGAAGAAUUCCAAGGAGGAGCUGAAUAUGGACCAUGUUCGACGGUAUGAGAUGGUGGCCAAGAGGAUCUGGUGAUUCGAUAAUGACCUUGUAAUUUUUUACU